UUUUAAGAGCUCAGUAAAACAACAAGUCGGCACAAGUCAGCAGGGAGGGCGAAUCCUCGGAAACGGUCUCCCACUCUUACUUUCUCGUCUGUCCGUCUUGUCUUGUCUCCCCCUUUUCCUCCCUCUUUCUGCAGUCUUACUCACUGCUUUGUGCUGCACAGAAGAGAAGCCGAGGCUAGCACAUCCUGACUCAAAGAGAAGAUGAAGUCUCACUUGGUGUUUCAGGUCUCCUGUGUGACCCUGCUCUCGCUGUGCUGCUCUGUGUGUCACGCCACACCUCUGUUCUCCAACAUAUCCAUGGACGGCAGCGGAGAUGAAGCCGAGCUGGAGCUCCUUUUCCCGGUGUCUUUCUCCACCCGCGCGCCUGUUCACGUUACCGCCGCUACCGGGAGUCCCACUCUCACCAACACCAUAACCACCACCAUGAUCCGUCUGAAGGACUACGUCCUGACCCGAGUAGUGGACUUCCUGCAGGAGAACAUGCUCAUCAUCAUCGUGGUGACCUCUCUUCUCAUUGUCAUGGUCUUCAUCAUCUGCUGUGCCUCUGCAAUGAGUCACAAGCGCAAGCUGGAGGCAUAUAAGCCCCUACCUCAUCCACCCAGGAAGUAUACGGCCGAUAAAGCCGGAGGACGCAAGGAUUCAAGUGACCUGCAGGAGAAACCGUACGCCGUCGAUCACGUCAAGAGGGUCCAGACUCAGAGCAUGUCCUCCCCGAAGAACCUGCGGAUGCCCUCCAAGGCGCUGGUGGGAGAGAGAGGGAGAGACGUCCGGUCAUCACCUCGACAGGAGGUCAGAAAGGUCAGAGAUACAGAGGCAGUGGAAAAGCGGAGAGAGGAACCAAAACACAAAGAGAAGGUGAAGCACAGGGAGGAGGUUCAGCAGAGCUCCAGUCCCAGCACCAGCUCCAGCUCUAGCUCCAGUCAGCCAGUCUGCACCUGCCAUCUGAAAAAAGGCCACCACUAG